GAUAAUAGUUGUAUGUGUUUGUGUGUUAUUUUGUCCGUUAAAAUUAAUUAAUAUAGUCCGGCAGGUAACGGUCGCUUAUUUAUGCUAGCCUGGCUAAGUGUACAGCAUUGCAAAGUAUCCCAAGCAGAGAGAACAACGAAAGCCUUUCCCCGCUGUGUGAGCUGACUUGCUGCCUAGCUGAAGACACAUCAGGACGGACACAUACAUAUCCUACCACACCUCUUCUUCUCUCAAGCAGCCUCCCUGACUGUUGGAUACUAUUCAGAAACUAUUUGGAAGCGGGCACUUUAUUUUUUAUUGUUUACCUUUUAAACGGAAUGGAUUUUGAAAAGACCUAACCUGGAUGUUUUGCUGCACAAGUCUUCUAAAAAAAAGUCUGCCUGUGGAGUUUGCCAACUUUUGAGGACGUCGCAUUAAGUGUUUUUUUUUCUCUGGAGGGGAACUAACUUUUAAAGCCAAAAUGGAUCAAGCCAGCGGUGGGGAGGACCCGAAUAAACCCUCUAAAAAGAAGUCCAGUGAGGACGAGGGUAAAAACAAAAAGCUGAACAUACAUAUAAAAACAUUGGCUGAUGAUAUGCGUGAUCGCAUUACCAGUUUCAGAAAAACAGGGAUGAAGAAGGAGAAGCCCCUCAUUCAGCACCCGACAGACCCCCUCUCCAUCCAGGCCGAGCUGCCCGUCCCUCAGCCUCUUUUCGACGACCGCUCCAUGAACCUCUCGGAGAAGGAGAUCAUUGACCUCUUCGAGAAGAUGAUGGAGGACAUGAACCUGAACGAGGAACGCAAAGCCCCUCUGCGUGGAAAGGACUUGAGCACCAAACGUGAGAUGGUGGUCCAGUACAUCUCAGCCACGGCUAAAUCUAUAACUGGGAGCAAAGUUGCGGGUGGACUCAGGAACAGCAAGCAUGAGUGUACACUUUCAUCGCAAGAAUAUGUCCACGAGCUGCGUUCUGGCAUCACAGAAGAAAAGCUGCUCAACUGCCUGGAGUCCCUCAGAGUGUCUCUUACUAGUAACCCUGUCAGUUGGGUUAAUAACUUCGGUCAUGAGGGUCUCGGCCUUCUUCUGGAUGCUUUGGAGAAGCUUCUGGACAAGAAACAGCAAGAGAUCAUUGAUAAACGCAACCAGCAUAAACUUAUCCAGUGCUUGAAGGCUUUCAUGAACAAUAAGUAUGGACUGCAAAGGAUCCUGGGAGACGAGCGGAGCCUGUUGCUGUUGGCGCGAGCUAUUGACCCCAAACAGACCAACAUGAUGACCGAGAUUGUCAAAAUUCUCUCCGCUUUCUGCAUUAUUGGAGAGGAGAACAUCCUGGAUAAGAUUCUAGCUGCCAUGACAAUUGCUGCAGAGAGGAACAAUAAAGAGAGAUUUGCUCCAAUCGUGGAAGGACUGGAGAACCACGAAGCCCAGCAGCUGCAGGUUGCUUGCAUGCAGCUGAUCAAUGCUCUGGUCACCUCCCCCGAUGACCUGGACUUCAGGAUACAUCUACGCAACGAGUUCUUGAGAUGUGGCCUCAAGAAGAUUCUACCUGAGCUAAAAGAGACGGAGGAGCUGGACAUCCAGCUGAAGGUGUUCAACGAGAACAAGGAGGAGGACUCCAUCGAACUCUCCCAUCGCCUGGAUGACAUCCGCGCCGAGAUGGAUGAUAUGAAUGAAGUUUACCAUCUCCUGUCCAACAUGGUGAAAGACACGGGUUCAGAGGCCUACUUCCUGUCAAUACUGCAGCAUCUCUUGCUCAUCAGGAAUGACUAUUACAUCAGGCCUCAGUAUUACAAGGUGAUAGAAGAAUGUGUGUCCCAGGUAGUCCUGCAUCGCAAUGGGAUGGACCCUGACUUCGGCUACAGCAAAAGAUUGGACGUGGACUUCACCCAUCUGAUUGAUCAGUGCGUGGAUAAAGCCAAAGUUGAAGAGAGUGAGCAGAAGGCUGCCGAGUUCUCCAAAAAGUUUGAUGAGGAGUUCAGCGCGCGGCAGGAGGCCCAGGCUGAGUCUCAGAAGAAGGAAGAGAGAAUCACAGAAUUGGAGGGAAAGAUCCAGGCCCUGGAGUCUCAGAUUGCAGCGGGUCCAACUGCUCCUGGAGCACCUCCUGCUCCACCCCUACCAGGGGGUGCAGCAGCUCCGCCUCCUCCUCCACCACCUCCUCCCCCACCUCCACCUGGUGGCUGUCCUCCCCCUCCGCCACCACCUCCUCCUCUCCCCGGCCACGCUGGCAUUCCUCCACCGCCUCCACCACCUCCUCCUCCAGGUGGAGGACCUCCACCUCCCCCGCCACCCCCUGGUUGCGGGCCCCCACCUCCUCCGCCUUUCUUCGGGGGCCCAGGUGGGCCGCCGCCACCUCCUUCAUUGCCUGUCGUCAAGCUGCCUUAUGGACUGGAGCCCAAGAAGACCUACAAGCCUGAAACGGUGAUGAAGAGGGUCAACUGGACCAAGAUAGUGCCUCAGGAAAUGGCAGAGAAUUGCUUCUGGAUCAAAGUCAAAGAAGAGAAGUUUGAGAAUCCUGACCUAUUUGCUCAGCUCUCCCUCUGCUUUUCCUCGCAGAGCAAAGUGAAAAAGGACAUGAAAGAUGAGACUGAUGACAGAAUGCAACAAUUCAAGAAAAAGGCAAAAGAGCUCCGCAUCCUUGAUGCCAAAACAGCACAGAAUCUUUCAAUUUUCUUGGGCUCGUUCCGCCUGCCUUAUGAAGAGAUCCGGGACAUUGUGCUGGAGGUAGACGAGGAAAGACUGAGCGAAUCACUCAUCCAGAACCUGAUAAAGAACCUGCCAGAGCAGAAAGAGCUGAAUGCGCUGGCGGAACUAAAGGGUGAAUAUGAAGAGCUUGUGGAGUCGGAGCAGUUUGGCAUUGUGAUGAGUUCAGUAAAACUCCUACGACCACGUCUCAACGGCAUUCUGUUCAAGCUGACGUUUGAGGAGCAGGUGAACAACAUCCGGCCAGACAUCAUGAACGUGACGUUCGCCUGUGAGGAGGUGAAGAAGAGCGAAGGCUUGAGCAAACUGCUGGAGUUGGUGCUGCUGGUUGGCAAUUACAUGAACGCCGGCUCGAGGAACGCCCAGACGUUUGGUUUCAACAUCAGCUUCCUCUGCAAGCUCCGGGACACUAAAUCCAUCGGCCACAAUACAACACUUCUUCAUUUCCUCGCUGAGAGGUGUGAAGACACUCACCAAGAGAUUUUGGGGUUUCCCGAUGAGCUUGAGCAUGUGGAGAAUGCCAGCAGAGUGUCUGCUGAGAUCUUAAAAAGCAGUUUGACCACAAUGGAACGUCACAUCCAGAGGCUUGAGAACGACAUCGAGAACUUCCCCAAAACAGACGACCAACAAGAUAAGUUUGUGGAAAAGAUGUCGGGCUUCUCCAAGCAUGCAAGAGAGCAGUACGAAAAACUCUCCACCAUGCACAAGAACAUGCAAAAGCUCUACGAGAGCAUAGGAAGCUUCUACGCCUUUGACCCCCACUCGGUCGGUGUGGAGGAUUUCUUCGGAGAACUGGCCAACUUUCGCAUGCUGUUCCUGGAAGCAGUGAAGGAGAACCACAAGAAGAGGGAGAUGGAGGAGAAGAUCAAGAGAGCCAAGCUGGCGAAGGAGAAAGCCGAGCGGGAGAAGCAGGAGCGCCAGCAGAAGAAGAAGCAGCUGAUUGACAUGAACAAAGAGGGAGAUGAAACCGGUGUGAUGGAUAGCCUAAUGGAAGCUCUUCAAUCAGGAGCAGCAUUCCGCGAUCGACGAAAACGGACACCGCGCAAUGGUGAUCAAAGCCCUUCCAGCCCAUCCUCUCGGUGGCCGGGUGCUAACUAUGGUAACAGAACCCUAGACAACCGCCGCGCAGUCCUGGAAAGGUCUCGUUCACGCCACAACGCAAAUCACCAAGCUCGAUGAUCUCCCGCGCCUACCACAAGACGCUAGAUAAGUGCCAAAGAGGCCUGCGAAGUGGAGACCUGGAAUACAUCUGAAGGCGGGACGGACCACCCCUCAGUGCACACACACACACACACACUCACACACACACACACAUAGCACCAAGUAUGGAACAAAAAUGCCUAAAGAAACCACUCAGAACUGAAGCAUCCGCAGUACAUCAGAGACAUUAUUUUUCAUGCUGUUCUUCUGACGCCUUACAUAUUUAUUCAACACUUUCUCAUCACUCUAAUGUUCAUGUCCUCUCCAGAUGAUUUUGAUUAAUCAAAAGAAAAAAAAAUCUAAAUUUUAAGGCUGCUGCUGUAUAAAAAGAAAGGUUUUCUUUGCUUGAAAGUUCCAUUUUGAUUCAUGCAAGUCUAGAAGAAUUCUACUAAUCCUUUUUUUUUUUUUUUUUUAAAUCAAAAUACUACAGUUCACAAACACUUUUGACAUGAAACAUGCAGUGUUUUAACAGAAGACAUUCUACUAAGAAGCACUGCGGCAUAAUGAACACUUAUCCUGAAAAACAUACCACACACACAGUACAUUCAGCGAAAGGGCAGCGGGCCAGCUGUCCUUUAAAAAGAAGAAGAAGAAGAAGAUUGAACACCCGUGUUGGCGAGCCAGGAAUUGUUUUCUUCAACAAGACUCUGAACUCUUCACAGAAGAAGGAGUGGUUGCUUCAAAUGUUGUUGUUUGUUUCUGUCAAUCCCCCAUUCAACCAACACCAAGACAGUUUUAAUAGUAAAUGUAAAAAGAGUCCACAUGAAUCAUUUAAUUUCAUUACAUAUCCCACAAAGCCACAAGAGCUGCCCCUGUCUGCAACAAUAUUUCAGAGCAUGUGACUCAUGGAUCUUGAAACUGUAAUCUCCAUUUUGACAGGAUGCAUUUUAUUUUUAGUUGUGUAAUAUCUAACCAAUGCCUUCGGGUGCUGAUCUCUGUACCAAGGUCGCUUUUGCUGUUAUUGUGAGAGACUGACACAUUUCUAAAUGCAUAUAACUGCCGAGAGGAGCGAACACGACCCUUUAACCUUUCCUGCAGUCACACAGGUUUUCUGUGGGGGAAGGUUCAUUUGUACAAAAGUAUUUGAUAUUAAUCUAUUUCAAUCUAUUUCAAUUUUUCUUUAUGUGAA